UGCUGGUCAAGAUAUCCAGGGAACAAGUGUGAUUGCAAAUCUCCCGUUUUUGAUGCGACAGAAUCCUGCUGAGACACUUCGGAGAGUCUUGCCAAAAGUUAGAUGUCUUCCAAGGUCCAUGAGGAUGCACACUUAUUUACCCAGAGAGUAUGGAUCUCACUAUGUUUGUCCAGAGGUGUGACUGGAGGAGAGUACUUAUGGGAAGUCCUGCAUGUUGCAGGUGUGGAAAUGCAGUUAACAGCUGCAGUAUCAUUUUUGACCAUUCUACACGAAGAAUCAGUGUCAAUUCAUACGUAUGCCCACUCCUUCCUCCAAAUCAUUCUACUGCAUCUGGAGCACAGGGAUGCAGGUGUCAGCAAUGCAUGGCUGGAAACUCUUCUGUCUGUGAUAGAAGUGUUGCCCAAAGAAACCCUAAGGCAUGAGAUUUUGAAUCCACUUGUUUCCAAGGCACAACUUUCCCAAACCGUCCAGUCUCGUUUAGUUAGUUGUAAAAUUUUAGGAAAAUUGACCAACAAAUUUGAUGCCCAUACCAUUAAAAGAGAAAUACUUCCCUUGGUAAAAUCACUCUGUCAAGAUGUAGAAUAUGAAGUUCGAUCUUGCAUGUGUCGGCAAUUAGAAAAUAUAGCUCAGGGCAUUGGGACAGACCUUACAAAAAGUGUGGUGCUCCCUGAAUUAAUAGAACUCUCCAGGGAUGAAGGCUGCAGUGUGAGGCUUGCAGCAUUUGAAACUUUGGUCAAUCUGCUUGACAUAUUUGAUACAGAUGAUAGAAGUCAAACUAUACUUCCCUUAGUGAAAUCAUUUUGUGAAAAAUCUUUCAAAGCAGAUGAAUCAAUUCUUAUUUCCUUAUCUUUCCAUUUAGGAAAACUAUGUCAUGGACUAUACGGAAUUUUUACUCCAGAUCAACACUUGAGAUUUUUGGAGUUUUAUAAGAAACUUUGUACAUUAGGUUUGCAGCAAGAAAAUGGACACAAUGAAAACCAGAUUCCACCCCAAAUCCUAGAGCAGGAGAAGAAAUAUACUUCAGUACGGAAGAACUGUGCUUAUAACCUUCCGGCCAUGAUUGUUUUUGUUGACCCUAAAAAUUUCCAAUUGGAACUCUAUUCUACAUUCUUUUGUCUUUGUCAUGACCCUGAAGUACCUGUCAGAUACACUAUUGCCAUUUGCUUUUAUGAAGUGUCUAAACUUCUGAAUUCUGGAGUAUAUUUAAUACAUAAAGAACUAAUAACAUUAUUACAAGACGAAUCACUGGAGGUACUAGAUGCUCUUAUAGAUCAUCUUCCAGAAAUCCUGGAACUUAUGUCUACGGGUGGAGAAAGCAGUAUUCAAGAAAAUAAGUUGCCAUCCCUGCCUGACUUGAUUCCAGCACUCACGGCUGCUGAACAGCGAGCUGCAGCCUCUUUAAAAUGGAGAACCCAUGAGAAGCUGCUGCAGAAAUAUGCCUGUCUGCCACACAUCAUAUCAAGUGACCAGAUUUAUUAUCGUUUCUUACAAAGAAUGUUCACAAUCAUGAUGACAAAUAAAGUCUUACCUGUCCAAAAGGCAGCUUCACGAACUUUAUGCAUUUUUCUACGUUAUAAUCGUAAACAAGAACAGAGACUUGAGGUCAUUCAAAAAUUAAUUGAACAACUGGGCCAAGGAAAAAGUUAUUGGAAUAGACUUCGAUUUUUGGAUACCUGUGAAUUUAUUAUAGAGCUCUUUUCCAAAUCAUUUUUCUGUAAAUAUUUCUUUCUACCUGCUAUUGAACUGACACAUGAUCCAGUAGCAAAUGUGAGAAUGAAACUUUGCUACUUGUUGCCCAAAGUGAAAUCUACUCUGAAGAUCCCUGAAGAUAAACAUCUACUUCAACAGUUAGAAAUGUGCGUGAGAAAACUUCUAUGUCAAGAAAAAGAUAAAGAUGUUCUGGCUAUUGUAAAAAGAACUGUGUUAGAGUUGGACAGAAUGGAAAUGUCUAUGGAUGCUUUUCAGAACAAGUUUUAUGAGAAAGAUUUGUUGGAUCAAGAGAAAGAAAGAGAGGAACUGCUUCUUUUGGAAAUGGAACAAUUAGAGAAAGAGAAGCAACAAGAGGGAAGGCCCGUGAAUGAAAAAACCUUUGAAAAGAAACGCAGAGACAUCAAGACACCAACAGCUCUGCCCAAGAGCAUCCCCAUCGCUGUUCCUGGGCCCUCUCCCAGCGCCCCGUCAACAAGCAAAGAAAUCAAGAAAUCCAAAUUGAUUCGAAGCCAGUCUAUUAAUAAUCAAGCUUUUCAUGCAAAAUAUGGCAACUUAGACAAGUGUGCUAGUAAAACUUCUACAGCAGCAUAUACACCUUCUGUCUCAGGGUUAGCAAAGACUUCUAUGAUUUCACUAACUGAUGACUCAUUCCGGACUCGUAAUGCCAGUAGUCUUCCGCCGUCCUUUUCUCCUAACACUCCCCUCCCCAGCACCUCCCGUGGGACAGGUAACUCAGUUGAUCCAAAGAGCAGUGGAGGUAAAGAUCCGCCACCACGUAAGGCCACCUUAAAAUCCAGAAAAUCCAAUCCUUAAAUCAUCUGCUUGAUGAAGGAAGCAAAACAAAGACACCUGGAGAUAAUGUGAUUGAUGGACAAAAGCUAAAGCAAUGGCUGGGGCUCCUUUUUUUUUUUUAAUUAAUGGAAAAGAGAUACAUUAGGGCAGCUGAUGUUGCUAAAAGCCCCAUAUUUGAAAUUAGAUUCUGUAGGAGGCAUAAUAUAUAUAUUUCUUAAAUAAUAAUGUGGUUGCAGAAUUCCAAUGUUACAGUGAAGUGUAAUGAAAAACAACUUUAGUAUGUGCUUUAACAACUGCUGCAGAAGAGACACCGCUGAAUUUAUUUGUGCAGGAAACCAUCUGUUUACUUGUUCUAGAGCUUUAGCAUUUAAAAACUAUAUGAAAGCCCACAUCAAUUGCAAAUGCCCUGCUAGAGAAUCACUUGGAGGGGGGCCUGGGAGUAAAUAAGAAAGACAUUGUUUCUCACGAAUCUCCAAGCCCAACAACCACACUGAAAAGGGUACAAACAGCAGUCCACAAUGUUAUCAGUCUGAUUGUGGUGACAAUAUGGUGUACCCGGAUAUUCUGAAACUUAAAUUUGGCGGUGAAAAUUCCACAGAGAUUUCUGAUAACUUUUAGCCACAAUUACCUUAAAAAUAAUAGAUUCAUGAUUUCCUUUAUUUCCUAGAAAAUUUUAUUUUAUACUUUGUUUACAUUUUAGAUUGUAUUUGUCCUUAAUUAAAAAUGAUGAAUCUAGUUUGAAUAAGCUGUUACUCUGAGCUAUCAUGCUUAUGCUAUGUCAACAGCCUUUAUUUAUACUAAUGCUAAUAUUUCCAUCACAGUUUGCCUGUAGAACAUGUACGAUUAUUAAUUUUAAAAUGUCAGAUCUUGAUAUAUACUGUAUGAAGCUAUUGUCAGCUUCUCUAUUACAAAAUGCAAUCAGCAUAUAACUAUACUGAUAUUAGAAAAUCUUUGUUUUUUAAAAUAUAUUGAUGUAUGAUAAAGAUGAUCUAAUUUGUGAAUGCAUAUGCGUGUGUGGUUACUUUUUAUAAUGUGAAAUAAUGAAUAGUGAAUUUACUUAAAAUAAAGCAUAGGUUAAUGAGAUA